AUGCAACUCACUACCUUUGCCGCCGGUCUCCUCGCCCUCGUCCCCUGCGUCGUAGCAAUGAAGCAACAGGAAGGUUUAUACUGCAACUAUGGCUGGUCUAACCCUGACGCCAAAUGCUGCAUUACAUUCGGACUUAGUGAGGCCCCAUACGACAAUCUUCGGAAGGGUUGUUCAAUCCCACAAGGACAAACCUUCAUAUGUGAGGGUAACAACGGCAGCCCUGUUGGUGUUGGCAGAUGCGUAAGACAACUCCUUUCUAUUUCCAAUUAUGAUCUUAAGGGAAGAAAACUGACUGAUGAUAGUGCCCUUGAUCGGACAACAUUGGACAAGAGCUACAAGUUUGAUGAGACUUGA